AGUUAUAGUAUAUAGAAUAUUAUAUUAUAUAUCAAUACAUAAUAUAUUUACAAUUUAUAUGUUGGUGACGUUGAUGUACAUUCGUGAAAUAAAGAAUACCAGUUACAUCAAUUCCUAAAUUUAUAGAUAUACUGUACUGUACAGUCGGACACUGUAACGCGGUACUCCCAUAACGACGACUAAAAAUUGCGCCAUGCGUAUGACACGAUGAAGAAGUUGUUGGAAAUGACUCAUUUCUGAUAUGAAAAUAUGCGUACGUUUGAAUUUAUUUGAAACUUAGUUUUGCAUUAACUCUUGUGCGACAAGGAGGGAUUGUUUACAGCGUGCAUUAUGUAAAAGUUAUUAUCGCGGAACGCAUAUUAUUUUGUCAUACUAAAAAAAGACCACAUAUUUAUUUAGUUAUAGUCUUUUUUGUGCUCUUGGAUUCAUAUAACGCGAAAUCUGUAUAACACGGAACGUGUAUCUCCCGUUAUAGGCAGUCCUACUGUAUUGUACCAUAAACUGUGUUGCAAGGAAAAUCUAGACUAUUAAUAAAACAAAUCAGAGAAAGAGAUUAAAUUUCGCAAAAGAUAAUAAAAAUAAGAUGUAAAAAAGAACUAAAUAUCAAUAAAGAUAUUUGAGAUAUAGCUAUGUAUUCAAGUAAAAGUAAAUUAACAUGUUUAGUUCAGAUGGAUACAAUUAUGUGCGAAGAUAUAAAACUUAUGUCCAACAGUAAAUCACGGAUUUUAUAAAAUAUAUAUAAACAUGUAUCAAUCAUACAUAACAUAAAUAUAAACAUAUUUGUGUGUGUGUUUAAGUUAUUCAAAAAAUUGUACGUAAAAUUAAAAAAAAAAAAUUAUUAUCGAAUAUCAAUAGUAGAUUUACUUGCAGGCAGAUAAAAAUAAAUCCAGGAAUUAACACGGAAAGAACUAAAUUUAUAAAAGAAUUAAAUUAAAGAAAUAAAAAUUAGAUAAAUAUGAACUAGACAAAUAGGAAUUAGAUAAAUAGGAAUUAGAAAAGGUAUGUUUGAGGGAACGAGCGCAAAAUUUGAAGAACCUUACGUAAAAAAGGAUAUGAUAGUAGGAUGGCCAGAAUUGCCAGAAAGAAAUCUUGGGAAAGGAAAUCAAAGAGAAAAAUGUUUAGAGUUCGUUAAAAUCUGUUAAAUCAUGAUAAAAAAUUGUAUUAAACUGUUAUAUUUUCUGAUGAAACAAAAAUAAAUUUAUUUAAUGUGAGCUCUAUAACUCCGCUAAUCUUCACCAUCAACACAGAUGUACGUUAAAUUUUGAAAGUAAUUAUGUAUUUGAUUGAUGUUGUUAUUGACAUAUAGAUCUAAUUAUGACAUGACGUACUUUAGGUGUUACUCGAGAUAGUUUGUGUGAUAUGACAACAAUAAUAAAAUAGGUCUUAUAGGUAUAGGAUAUUUAAUAAACAAAAUAAACCUCAAAACAAAAAACUCAAAAACAAAACUCUGCUGUUAUUAUUGGUAUAAGAUUAUUAUAGAUAUAGGAUUGAUAUCCUAUACCUAUCAUCACUGUUCUGUACACAGUGCUCCGCGCAGCCGGAUAUACUGUAAUCUUGUAAAUAGAAAAGAAUUUCAUCAGGUAUUAGUUUAUUAUUUUUAAGAGAUUAAUGUAGACAAAACAAGAGAUUAAUGUAGACAAAUGUAGACAAAAUAGAUGCACAAAUUUGCGUACAAAUCUUGUGGAAUUCAGUCGUGUAAUCAUGUCUACUAAAAAAGACGAAGUGUUAUUUAGUGAAAAUGAAAAUACGCCAGAGAAAGAAACAGAAAAUGUACAUAAUUCCGAUGAAAAUUUUGAUCCACCUGACGGUGGCUGGGGUUGGGUUGUAGCAGUAGCAGUUGGAUUUUCUAAUCUUUGUGUAUUAACAAUGUUGCAAUCUUUCGGAUUAAUAUUUAGAGACAGAUUUGCAGAACUGGGAAUCAAUUCGUCACAAACAACGACUAUAAUAAAUAUAAAUUUUGCAGUAAAUUCAUGCACUGGUUUAGCUAAUGGUCCCCUGUUUAGAAAAUACAGUUAUAGGCAAGUAACUUUCGUAGGCUCUCUAAUUUGCGCUGUAUCGAUCACAGCAUUGUCGAUGACAAGAACUUUUACCGGAGCUUUAAUUUUCUUUUCUAUUUUAUACGGUGCUGGAUUUGGUAUAACGAUGUCAUCAAAUACUAUAGCUUUAAAUGCUUACUUCAAAAAGCAACUAAGAACCGCUAUGAGCCUUAGCUAUACCUGUGCUGGCAUAGGACCAAUAGUAAUGCCGCAUAUAAUUACAUUGCUGAUGCCAAUAUAUGGUAUGGAAGGCACUAUACUUAUUUUUGGCGGUUUUAUAUUUAACUCCAUAGUUUGUGCUCUUCUGUUGCAACCUGUUUCUUGGCAUGUAAAAAAGAGACAAGAUAUAGAAAAAUCUCCGAAUAUCAAAAACGCGAAUGCCGAAGAAUUGCCAAUGACUGAUAAUAUAACAACGAAUGUUACUUCUCAAAGUAGAUCGUUGGAAAAUGUUGCCAAGAAUACGCAAAGUAAUUAUAGUAUUUUGAAUCUUGUGAAAGAAAAGUUUGGAAGCCAAUAUUUGUAUUACGACGAUAAAGAAUAUGGUGCUUGCGGUAUAGACGUAAUGAAUCCUGGAAUACCAAUGAUGUCCCGAGCUAAUGAUGGAUGGUUCUCUAGAAGAAAUACUUCAACUACGUCGCUGACGUGUAAAUCAUCGAAAAAGGAAAGCUUGCCACGGACUUCAAGCUCAACGCCAUCAUUAAAUUUAUGUAAACAAUCCAGCCUUAAUAAAAGAUGGUCGGUUAAAAAUCUUAAUAGAUCAAACAGUGAGACAGAAAAAAGUCGAAGAAGACAUUUAGCUCCAUUGGUUAUCGCUAGCGAAUCUUGCGAACAUGGUGCGCAUCUUGAAGAUUGCGAAGACCCAAAUUGUCGGCAUAAAUCGCAAGAAAAUUCAAUAAUGCUCGAAGAAUUUGAAAAUAAUCAAUUCUCGAAAGAGGAAUGUGUCGAGGAAACGACAAAGAAAACAUUCUUGGAAGCAUUGAUAAUCUUUUUCGGCCUGCAUCUUCUUCGCGAUUUUGUUUACGUGAAUAUAAUUUUGGGUAUUACCUUCGCCGAUUUCGCAGAGAUCAAUUUUUCGGUCUUAACACCGUUCAUAUUGAGCGAACGUGGAUUAUCAAAAAUUGAGAUUGCGACUGUAAUGUCAAUUCUUGCUAGUUUCGAUGUGAUCGCUAGAUUGUCAAUUCCUACAAUUGCCAAGCUUGUCGGGUGGCAAAAUAGGACAUUCUUUCUAGUCGGUGUUUGUGCAAUGGCGACAGGUCGUAUUGUUUUAGCACACGUUCAAAAUUUCGGAGUUACCGUGGCAGUUGCGAUUCUAAUUGGUGCUGGAAAAGCUUUCAAAACAGUCUUUAUGGCCCUUGUACUCCCUAGUCAUAUUCCUCUGUCGAAGCUUCCGGCUGCGAUUGGUAUACAACUUUUAAGUUAUGGUAUUGUUUCAUUGACCUUAGGACCAAUAGUUGGUUGGAUUAGAGACGUAACUUCAAAUUACACAAUUAUGCUUCAUUUUUUGAACAUUUUUACGUACUUGACUGUAAUUUCGUGGUGGUUAGAAAUCUACCUUACGAAACGAAAGUCAACGGGAGCAGAAGAAGAAAAAUAAAUUAAACAUUUAACACGCUGACGAUUCAUGCCACUCUAACACCGAGUACUGUUCUUCUUCUUUUUCGUUGACGUAGAAUGAAUAGAACAUCUGGUUUCUUUUUUUUUUUUUUUUUUUUGAAUAUGGAAAUUUUCAUUAUUUAAAACAAACUUAUGAAUUAGCAGAAAAUAAUCAGUUUGUUAGUUCAGUCUCGUUUAGAUCACUGGAACUGAAUUUUCUCGACAUUUAACAAUGUUUUUCUAUGAUAUGGGAUCUUUACCAUGACAAAUAAACAAGCACGUAUCUUGUAUUUAUUUGUAACAAAAAAUGGUGUAUGAUCAUAUACAUAUAUAUUGAUAGAUAACAAAUAAUUAACAAUGUAUUUAAAUUAUGUAAAUGUUAGCAUUGAAUUUUAGAUACGAGCUUUUCUGAGAUAAGAAGAAAAUAUGAAUACUACUGAUUAUCUAACCUUUCGUAUUAUUACGAGCAAUUUUAAUUCAUUGUCAUAGGCUGAUGAUAUUUAUAUAGACUUGAAGUGCUAAAUGACGUAAAUAUAAAAAUUAGGACAACACGAUACUAUAUGAUUUUACAUUAAUAACGAAAUAUUUUCAGUUUACGCGAUAUGCAAUGACAAAGCAUUAUAAAGAUAAAGAUUAGAUUAAUCAGCGGUACGUACUUGACUUUAUCGUUUACAAAGUAGAAUUCACUUUGUGCGAAAACUUCUCUCAGUACCUGCUAUGUUAGCAAUGUAAGACUGAUAUCAACGUCGUUUAUUAUAAUUACUCUAUUAUGCUGUAAAAUUGUCUUAAUUUCGUUUAAGUACAUUGUUAUGAAAUUGUGUGAGCGUGACUCAUGUUUUUUAUGUUGAAAAGAAUGGCAAGAUGUGUUCACUAAAAAAUAUGUAAAACCUUUUACGCUAUAAUACUGUUAUUUGUUAUUAGCAAUUAAUCUAUUGUGUUAAUUUUUUAAAUUGUUAUUACUAUCAGUGUUAUUAGAAGUUAAUCUCGUUUAAAUGUAAAUGAUAUAACCAUAUGAAACGCAACAUUAGGUAAUAUAACUUUUAAAUAUACGUAAGAUGUUAACCGAACAAUUGUAAAGAAGAUUAUUUAAAAGUUAAUAUAUUUUCUAUUGUUAAUGUUCUGUGGACAAAGAUGAUAUAAAUAAAGAAGCCACUGCAAAUAAUA